AUGAACAAAUACAUUUUCGUCGCUUUUGCCCUAUUCGCUGUUUUUAUCAGCGUGAGGUGCCAAGAAGUCCUCGAAGAAGUCAAGCCCAAAUACGUCAAAACGCUCCUCACUCAAAGCAUGGAAAAAUUUGACGAAAGAUUGGAAAAGCUGGAGGAAACAUGCCCCGGAGUUAGCCCAAAACUGAAAGCAGCCGUCAAAUCUUUCAUCGAAUGUGACGAGAAAUUCGACGAUUCCUUGACGAUUUGCGAAUCCAUCCAAAGCUACACCUUGAACUGCAUCACACCGUUGCUUCAGGUGAUCGACGACUGUCUUCCGCAAAACGCUAAAGGUCUUCCCAUUCUGGGUGUCAAGAGCCUGCUUUCCGUGGCCGAUUUCAUGUGCAAACAAACUGGAGAGUCGAUUUUCGAACUGGCGAAUCCGUGUCUGUUGGAAGAUUCGGAAGAAACUAACGAAAAUAAUGAGUGCAAACACAAGAUAAAUCAGUUUAUUGAAAACUAUGAAGGUAAAGACGACAUUCCGACACGCUCUGAAAUUUGCACUCUUGCCACAGGCUUCAAGAGCUGCGUACGGAGAGAUGUUGACGGUCUUUGUAAGAACCAGAAGACGAGGGAUGUCGUUAAUGGACUUCUUGAUGCUGUGGUUGCACCGUGUAGCAACAUUAAUGAGUGUAAUGUUUGA